UAUGAUAAAAUUAUUCACAACAGCAUUCAGACCUGUUAUCAUACAAUAACGUUGUUUUCAAAGAUAAUUUUAAUAUAAUUUUGCAAAGAUUAGUAAAAAGGAUCAGGAAAGAAUGGAUAAAAAGCAAGAGAAAUAAAAUCUUGGACUUUCUAAAACAAUUGAUUUUACAAUAUAUCAAACCAAAUUUGAUCAAUAUGCCCAAAAAUUUUAAGAAGCACUUAAGAAAUUAUAAGUAGGGAAAUUGACACCAGAAAUGCUUGACAGAGUAUCAAUUUAAGCUUAUGGUGAAAAAUUGCCUUUGUCUUCUCUGGCUUAGGCAUCUCAAAAAUCAUAAGGUGUGUUAAUUUUAAAUGUGUUUGAUGAAUCAACAAUCAUGGAUGUAAUGAAGGUAUGCAUAAUUUCAUUCAUAGGCUUUAGAAAAUUCAGACCUUAAUUUAUAAGUUAAGAAAUAAGAUAAACAAAUAGUAUGUCAAUUAGCUUAAGGUAAUACAAAGGAGAGUAGAAUAAUAGCAGUAAAUAAUUUAAAGAAAUUAAUGGAAGAUGCUAAAUAAAAUCUUAGAUAAAUUAGACAUGAAUGCAUAGAUGAUGUAAACAAUUAUUUAACCUAAGUUAAAACCUUAUAAAAAAGUCACAUCUGAAGAUACCAUGAGAUAAGCAGAAAAAUAAAUCUAAGAUUUAUUUGAAAAGUAAACACAAUCAUUGGAUUCAUUAUAUAAAUCCAAAGAGAAAGAGUUAUUGAAUAAUUGA